AUGGAUACUGAUGGUAUGGACGAUUUCUCUGACACUCUUGUUAUCACACCAUUAGGAUCUGGACAGGAAGUUGGUCGAUCAUGUCAUUAUUUGACUUUUAAGGGAAAGAAAAUACUGCUAGAUUGUGGCAUACAUCCGGGUAUGAGCGGUGUGGAUGCACUUCCAUUUGUUGAUUUUGUGGAUUGUGAAGAGCUCGAUCUGCUAUUGGUGACGCAUUUCCAUCUGGAUCACUGUGGUGCCUUACCGUGGUUGCUCGAAAAGACAGCAUUCCGCGGUCGAUGUUUCAUGACGCAUGCAACGAAAGCCAUUUAUCGUAUGUCGAUUGGUGACUAUCUGAAGGUUUCGAAAUACGGUGGUUCAAGUGAUAACCGAAUGCUUUAUAAUGAAGAGGAUCUAGAAAAAAGCAUGGAAAAAAUUGAGGUAAUUGAUUUUCACGAACAAAAGGAGGUGAAUGGUAUCAAAUUUUGGUGCCAUGUUGCGGGUCAUGUUUUGGGUGCCUGUAUGUUUAUGAUUGAAAUUGCUGGCGUUAGAAUAUUGUAUACAGGAGAUUUUUCAAGACUCGAAGAUCGUCAUUUAUGUGCCGCUGAAUUACCUACUGUAUCUCCGGAUGUUUUGAUUUGUGAAUCAACCUAUGGGACUCAGGUUCACGAGAGCCGCGAUGAAAGGGAAAAAAGGUUUACAAGCAUUGUUCAUGAAAUUGUUGGACGAGGUGGACGAUGUCUGAUUCCUGCAUUUGCUCUUGGACGAGCUCAAGAGUUACUACUUAUUUUAGAUGAGUAUUGGGAAUCUCAUCCUGAGCUACAAGAUAUUCCAGUAUAUUAUGCAAGUUCGCUGGCAAAAAAGUGUAUGGCAGUGUAUCAAACAUUCGUAAGUGGAAUGAACAGCCGCAUACAGAAACAAAUAGCACUGAAUAAUCCAUUCGUUUUUAAACAUGUUUCCAACUUAAAGAGUAUCGAUCAUUUUGAAGAUGUGGGUCCAUGUGUUGUACUUGCAUCGCCAGGUAUGUUGCAGAAUGGUCUCAGCAGAGAGCUUUUCGAAAACUGGUGCACAGAUUCUAAAAAUGGUUGCAUUAUAGCUGGUUACUGUGUCGAAGGGACGCUUGCUAAGCAUAUCUUAUCAGAGCCGGAAGAAAUUGUUGCAAUGAACGGACAAAAAUUGGCUAUGCGGUUGCAAGUUGCUUAUAUCAGUUUCUCGGCACAUACAGACUAUACCCAAACAUCGGAUUUCAUUCGUGCUCUUCGCCCACCACAUCUUGUGUUGGUGCAUGGGGAAAUGAAUGAAAUGAAUCGUUUGAAAGCAGCAAUCAUAAGGCAGUAUGAAGAUGAGUCAGAUUUUCAUAUCGAAGUUUAUAAUCCUAGAAAUACUGAAUCAGUUGAAUUACAUUUCAGAGGAGAAAAAACUGCUAAGGUUGUUGGAAAAAUGGCGAUGACGCCGCCAGGAGAUGGACGGGUUUUGAGCGGUGUCUUGAUUCGACGAAAUUUUAAUUAUCACCUGAUGCAUGCUGAUGAUCUUAGCGCAUAUACGGAGUUGUCAAACAGUAUCUUGACACAACGAGAGAGUGUCUUCUACAGUGGUACAAUUACAUUAUUGCUUCAUAAUUUGCAACAAGUGGCUGGUGAUGUGAGUUGUGAUGAAAUUGACUCCAAAGAUACUUCUGAUCCGACCCAUACGAUCAAACUAUUUGAUGAGCGGAUCCAUGUGUUAGUUUAUUACUCGCAACAUGUCGCUAUUAUUGAAUGGACAUCAAAUCCAGUGAGCGAUAUGUUUGCUGACGCAACUCUGGCUGCAAUUUUACAUGCACAAACAAAUCCGGUGCCUGAUAAAAACCUUGCAAAAUGGAAUGUAAAACCUAAUGAGACGGAAUGUUUGAUGAAAACGUUGGCUGAACUAUGUGGUGACCAAGCUGUUAUUCGAAUGACUACUAAUGCAAUUGAAUUAUCUGUAGAUGGGAAAGAAGCUAAAAUAGAUCUGGACACAAUGCAUAUUUCAUGUACCGAUCAGCUGUUGCAUCAUUUGAUCUCUUCCGUAUGUCAGAAAAUGAUGAAUUCCCUUUUGCCGGUUUGCACCUUAACAGUCGCGAAGUAA